GCGCAAGUAUCCAAUGUUCCAACAGGCCAAGAAAAUCCAUACAAAAAUAAUAAAGAAAAAACGACGGUCGACGGUCGACUUGUUUUCGAAAAUAAUUCGAAUUUAUCAGCUGUUUCGGGUGCCAGAGCGAGUCUCCUGACAUAGUUUCGUUUUUAUUUUUAAAUGGGUUUAUUAGCCAUGUGCAAAAUACGAUGGGCGCUAUUGCAUCGGUGCUGCAAUGGCAUUGUUCGAAUUGUAGCUUGAUCAAUCCCACCGAGAAAACCAAAUGUAUCAGAUGCGGAACGGCCAGACAACAAAAUCUGUCUGUAAACAAAGAAGUCUCCUCUUCGGAUGAUAUUGGAAAUUUUUUCAAGGGGAAUCAAAGUAAAAAUUGCACUGUGAUCAGGAGACCCAAGAGGAAUGAGUCGUUGGUAGAAGGAGAAGGACAUUGUAUUGACAGGUGCACUGACAAAAAAGAUUGUUCAGCUCUAGUAAGAAACACAUUAAUUAACACACUAUUGCUUAUAAGACAAAGAAACAACCGAAAAGCAAAAAGUGUAUCCCAAUCAAUUUUACAUAAAUCGAUCAGUUUACCGAACCUCAGCUACCAUACAGCAUUGUGCACCAAGUGCCAAGUAUCAUUCACCAACCAAUCCACUGUAUCAUUAUGCCUUCUUUGCAAUGAAAACUUAGAAACAAUGAACUUAACCGAGUCGCCCUGCAAAGUCUGCGCUCUAGGACAACCCAAUUAUAAAAACUACGAAAUUUUAAAUUACGAACGUUGCAAAUGUCAGAGGCCCCCAGACUUGCUUUGUUUGUCUACUAUCAGAAGCGUCAGUUGUUCGGUAGAUCAGAAGACGGAUCCCGAAAAUGUUCAGUACAAUAAUGUAAGGACAACAGCUAGUGGGAUUAAUGGAGACAGCAAUUCAGCUACUAGUAGCGCUAAUAUUAUGUGGGCAGUCAAAAAAGGCACUACCUGGACUUGCAAGAGAUGUACUUUGCUGAAUAGUGCUGAUAUUAAUGUGUGCGAGGCCUGCGAAGCCACCUAUGCACCUGAUUUUAAUAGUAAUGUUACUCCUAGUGUGAUUAUUAAGGUCGAUAAUUGGGCAGAUAACGAAGCUCUGCGUAAUCCCACUCAAAAACCGCCGCCCUAUCGAAGAUCAUUUUCUGAAUUGCCCCAUUCGCCUAAUCUCAUGCCCAAUCACAAUCGCAGGAGCCUGGACAGCGACUUGUUACAAUUAAACUUUCCGAAAUCCAGCAAUUCAAUGACCGACAUUCAAUCCACUCAGUUGCAAUACUCACAUUUGUUUGGCGAAUUGAACAGGCAACCUAGUAUAUCUUCUAGAGGAAGAAAUCUCAAUCGAAGCACCAGUGAUAUUCAUAAAGAAAGCAUGAAUAGUACUUUAUAUACAUACAUUGGAAUGAGCGAGCCAGACAGAGAAAAGCUACACUUCUAUGAAAAUCAAAGCAUUAUAAGUGAACAACGUAGAUCGGCUGGAGAUUUCGAUAUGAGCGAGCACGAUAGAAUUAUGAAUAUGUUGCAACACAACAAUCCUUUAACCAGUUCGUGGUUGGCCAACGAAAGGAGAUGGACUUGUAGGCAAUGUUCGUUCGCCUAUAACGAUAUAAAUGCUAAUAAAUGUGAUAUUUGUAAGAGUUUGAGAACGCCGCCCUCUCUCAAUCAACCUUCGACAAUAACUAUGACAGCUGAUAGGCCCAGUCAAUCUUCUAGUGGACUGUCACCAAGUUGGGUUCAUUCCAACGAAGGCCAAGUCCCAAUAGCUACGUUGGAUCAAGGAUUAGAAGAUGAUUUUCAAUUGCUACCAGGCAUAGAUUCCUCUGAAGACCAAAAAUGGACAUGCAAAAAAUGUACCCUAGUAAACCAAGGCGGUUCUCUGAUCUGUGACGCCUGUUGCGGCUCCAAACUGAAAUCCCUAACAAUAAAUCAAGACAUGACUUUGAAAAAGGGCGAGUUUUGGAAUUGCAGCAAGUGCACCCUGAAAAAUUCCCUGUCGUCAUCUGUAUGUAAAGUAUGCAAGACAGAAAAGGGCUUGGACGUCAGACAAUCGAGUCGCAGUCCGUCGCCGUUGCACAAUUUGAGAAAACUGAGAAACGGGCGCGAAAAAAAAAUGCCUCAGCUGAAAGAUAAAUUCAAUGUGACAACUGAAGAGGAUUUAACCCAUAUUCCAAACACAUCAAAACAAGUUCAAAUGUGGACGUGCACCAUAUGCACAUUUGAAAACGCAAAAUCUCAAUUUAUCUGUGAUAUGUGUCAGAAAUUGAGGGUUAAUCUCAAUUCCGGACCGCCCGAAGAUCCUCCGCGUCUCACUCAGGAGGAACUUAGCAAUAAACAUUGGAAUUACAUUGUAAGAUAUUGCAAACUAAAAAAACAAAGUUACGUUGACGACGAUUUUCCACCAAUGCCCACUAGCCUCUAUUACAAUCCCGACGAGAACAAAGACGCUUUUACGAUAAAAUGGCGCAGACUAAAAGACAUAGUCGUAGAGGAAAAAGAAAACGACCUGCCUUGGGCCGUUUUUCGGAUGCCUCAACCAUCGGAUAUAUCUCAAGGUGUGUUAGGUAACUGCUGGUUACUGAGUGCCUUAGCCGUAUUAUCGGAACGAGAAGAACUCCUAAGAGCCAUUCUCAUUACGCGCAUUCACUGCCCUCAAGGUGCUUAUCAAGUAAGACUAUGCAAAGAUGGCGUUUGGGUUACUGUUUUGGUCGACGAUUUUUUCCCUUGUGAUAAAAAAUACCAUUUGCUAUAUUCACAGGCCAAAAGAAAACAACUUUGGGUGCCUCUAAUCGAAAAGGCUGUUGCUAAAAUACAUGGCUGCUAUGAAGCUUUGGUAUCGGGAAGGUCUUUGGAAGGUUUGGCGACCCUGACCGGGGCACCGUGCGAGUCUAUACCGUUGCAAGUUUCUUCGUUUCCUUCUAAUGAAGAAGAAUUGGAUAUCGAUCUUAUAUGGGCCCAAUUACUUUCUUCACGUCAAGCCAUGUUCUUAAUGGGUGCUUCUUGCGGCGGAGGAAAUAUGAAAGUUGACGAAUUAGAAUACAGUUCCAAAGGCUUGAGGCCUCGGCAUGCUUAUUCGCUUCUAGACGUUAGAGAUUUGGAAGGUCAAAGACUGUUAAAGUUAAGAAAUCCUUGGGGCCAUUUUGUAUGGAAAGGUGAUUGGUCGGACAACUCUACUCUAUGGACAAUGUAUCUGAGAAGCGAGCUGAUGCCGGAGGGGCCGCAAGAUGGUACUUUUUGGAUAUCGUUCAAUGACGUACUGAAGUACUUCGAUUGUAUCGACAUUUGUAAAGUACGAUCGGGCUGGAAUGAAGUUAGGUUGAAUGGAAUUUUGCCUCCUUUAGCCAGCCAACAGCAUCUUUCUUGUAUAUUGUUGACGAUAUUGGAACCGACAGAGGUGGAUUUUACUUUGUUUCAGAAAGGGCAAAGAAAAUCUGAAAAGUCCCAAAGAUCUCAGCUAGAUUUAUGCGUAGUGUUAUUCAAAGCUAGACAGGGGACCACAAUAGGUAGUUUAGUAGAGCACAGCAAGAGGCAAGUGCGAGGAUUCGUAGGUUGCUGUAAAAUGCUAGAACCUGGCGAGUACGUUGUCGUUCCUUUGGCGUUUAAUCAUUGGCAUACAGGGUUAGACGAUAUCACUGCUUAUCCAAAGUACGUUCUAGGUAUUCACAGUUCGAAAAAACUGCUUGCCGAACACAUAAAGCCUCCGAACAACAUCCUAGCCGAUUCAAUAAUAUCUCUAACGUUAGCCAGAGGGCAACGGCACGAAGGUAGAGAAGGAAUGACGGCGUAUUAUUUGACCAAAGGCUGGGCCGGUUUGGUCGUGAUGGUCGAAAACAGGCACGAAAACAAGUGGAUUCACGUGAAAUGCGAUUGCCAGGAGAGUUAUAACGUAGUUUCGACAAGAGGGACUUUGAAAACUGUGGAUUCUGUGCCACCACUUACUAGACAGGUUAUUAUUGUAUUGACACAGCUGGAAGGUAGCGGUGGUUUUUCGAUAGCGCACAGAUUAACUCAUAGAUUAGCGAAUUCGCACACUUUGUACGAUUGGGGCCCGAUCGGUGCCUGUCACGAUCCCGAAUUGGACCAUCAGACAAGCGGUUUGCAUUCGCCUCGACUUUUUUAGAUAAGAAACGAGUUUUUUUUUUUGUGAAAUAUUUAAAAUAAUUUUAAUUUUUUUUCAAUAGAAAAGAGUUUUAAUUUUUUAUUUCACAUCGAAUCAAUUUUAUUUAAUAAAAUCGAGUAGACAAUCUCAAAUAAUUUAUUUAGGAUGCUUUGUUAUUUUAUUUCAUUAUUAUUGUGAUAGAAGCUGUUAUUGAUAGGAAUUUGCAUUAGGAUAAAGAACUGAUUAAGUAUUAUAUUAGUAGAGACAGCUCCUGGAGUAUUUUGAUUGAAUUUUGAAGUUAAUCAUACAGUUUAAUUUGUUAAAAAUAAUCAUCUCCCCUUGUUAUGUAUAGCUUUGUUCCAACCCAGGAGGGAACCGUACAGUUGCGAUAAAAAAAAAGUAGUACAAGAUAAAUCUCCAAAAUCUCCUGGUCUAUUAUAAAUUAAUUUAAUUCAUAACCAAAAAUGACAUAUUUUUGGCAUUUUUCAACAAGUUUUUAACCUAGAAAGCUUCAGAUGACAUUAUUUUGACAUUUUUCCACCCGUUUUUAACCUAGAAUAUGUCAUUGCCUGUCAAAAUUUUGUAUGUUACACCGGGAGCUCAAAUUGGGGUUAAUAAUUUUUGUACUACUUUUUUUUUUAUCGCAACUUUACAUUUCACUAUGAGAAUUCUGCACAAAAUGUAAAAUUCGUAUACAGAGUAAGUUCCGAAGUUGGGGCGGUUUUUUGGCGGCUUGGAACAAACCUAAUACAUCCGGCCGGGGAUUCUAAAAUCAUGAUUCGACAUACGACUCCUAGGUUAGAAAUCUCAUUGGAAUCAUACAUUUCGAGACGACUGGUCCGGUAUCGAGUUGCGUCUCGUUGUCGAAUCGUGAUUUUAGAAUCUCGGCCCAGGCAUGAAGUUAUUCCAUAAAAACUAUGAUUAUCUUUACGAAAAAUUAAUAAUUUAUUGUAAGCACAAAAGUAAUUUUGGUUUUUGUUGAGUCUCAUUUUAUAUUAUGUUUGUACAAAAAUGUAUAUUAUAUUUUAUUUAUUUCUAAGUCAGAAAUAAGCAACAAUAAAGCAGGAAAAGGAUUAUUUUUGGUUGUUAUAAUUAUUAUUGUUAAUUGCUCUUAAAAUUUUUGAUAUUGUUAUAAAUAAUUUGUUGUUGUGGAUAAGUUUUUUUUUUUUUUUCAAGCAGGGUUCUACAGGUUGCCAAUAAUUUAAAAACAAACAAUGGGCUAUAACUUUUAAACCAAAAAAAAAUAAAAUAAAAGUUGGGACAUGUUUGUUCAAAAGGGGUAGGUAAUAUUUCUGUGAUCAUCAUAGGCAAUCACUCGAUACCAAGUAUGAUUAUCUUCUAUUCUAUUCUUAUUAAACCAAUUCUGGAGCCGCACACACUUUCACAGAUGGCACAAGAUAGAGAUGCUUGGUGGAUGGAUUCGUUCAAUAAAUUCACAUUUUUAUUUUCUAAUUUGAGAGAAAAUUUUUGAAAAAUGACCACUGGGAUAAAAUUCAUAUGGAAAUAUAAUUUUUUGUUUGAAAAAAAAUUAUAGCUAGUUGUUCGUUUUUAUUAAUUUUUCACCCUCCAAGUUGAAAUCUACACAUUUAUUUCACACAAAACUGAACUAUUUUUAAAUAACUCGAAGGUGCAAAUUUGUUGUAUAUAGGUAUCAAUAAUUAUUAACUGAUUUUGUGAUUUUUUUUUUUUGUUAAAAACUAAUUCCAUAUGGUAAUUUUUUAGAAUAUUAAAAUAUUUAUUGUAUUUAAUUAAUUUUAUUUUGUUGUAUAUCUGUGAUGCAACUGAUCUAUGGGUCAGUUGUAAAAUAAUAAUUAAUUGUUAGUUUUCAAUUCUAUCAAUUUAAAAAUGGUUUAAUUUUAAUUGGUUGAUUGAUGACAAUUUCAUCAAAAUAUAACUUCAGUGAAAUUUGUAGUUGAUUUAUCUCAUUUUUAAUUUUUGAUUGUUGUUUAAGAGGUUUUUAAUUUAAGUGGUUUAAAUAAGUAAUUAAAAAUAUCGCUGUAAGAAAUAAAAAGCUUUGGAUAGUUACACAAGUUGUAUUUAUCCCUGAAAACAUAUUGGGCUUCGUAGUGUAUGAAAAAAAAAAAAAAUACCUUCAAAAUAUAUAAUAAUUUAAAUGACAGGAACCUGAAUCAAGAAACUACAAUUUAAGGAAUAUUUAAAGCUGAAUAAAGCCCUUAUGAAACCAAUAAACUUACAGGUUUAACUCAAUUUUCUCAAAACUACUUAGUUGAAUUCCUAUUUAGCAUUUUCUCAAGGGAAAAUGAAUCGGCUGUUUUCAAAUUCACAAUUACUACAUAUUUUCAUAGAAAAUAAGUUAUUUCUAAAUUUUGUCUCCAGGGAAUGGAAGUUAUACAUUUCGAAGGUUUUGAACAAUAUAGGAAACCUCCGAGGGCGCAUUUUGGGCUCCAUCGUUUUUGUCAGCAAUAUGUAUGUAUGUCAUUUUACACUCUCAUAAAUAGACCAUGUUACUGGAAUGAUCCAGAAAAAUGGAGCAUUAGAUACAGGGACUUAAAAUGCAAAAAAGAGAGUUAGACAAUCGAUAAUGGAACAUUAUUGCAAUUUAUUUGAAUUUGAAAUUACUACUGAAUAUUUUGUUUGUUGUUUUGGGUUUGUACUUGAACAUAAUCCUUAACAAUUCUUAAACAGCCAAAGUAUUUAAUUUUCAGUUUGCUUUCACCUUCAGCACAGCGAUUUUCAAAUUCUUGCAAAAGCAAUCUGCAGAAUUUUCUUUGUAGUUCUGUGAGGUCAGGUUUGAUGUAAUUGCCUUCUUCUUAAUAUACUUAAAUAUAGAUAUACUGCAUGAAAUAAAGCGUUAGAAGGAACUGGUAGAUAAAAACAAUAAUUAUUAUUCCAAAUUAACUACAAAAUUACUGUUUUAGAUCUUAUCAACACUAAAUAAUAUAAUAAAGAAAUAUUCCUUGCCACUUAAAAAAAAAUGCAAUAGUUAUUCAGCCUUAAAAAUUACUGUUGCGUUUGAAAAAAUAUAAUAUCGUCAGCAGCAAUAGCUGUUGUAGUUUUUGUAUUACCAUCAUCUCCUUUCAUUUCCCCAUAAGUAAUUUUACCGGUGACGUGCACCCUUUGGCCUUUUUUCAGGAAAUUCAACACGGUUUCUCUAAGGCCAGGUUUGAAACAUACUAUUCGGUGCCAUUCAGUUCUUUGUAAAAAUUCUCCCGAUUCGUAUCGGUAGUUGGUGUGAGUUGCUAGCGAAAAAACUGCUAUGGGGUGGUCGUCUGAACCUUUUCUUUGAGGAUCAGCACCUACCCUACCCAGUAGUGUGACAGUAUUAAUU